AUUCCCCUCCUUUUGUUGUGAGAAAGUUGCCAAAGUUUCUAAUAAAUAAAAAGUAGAAGCAACUGAGAAAUGGUGAGGGCACCUUGUUGUGAGAAAGUUGGGCUAAAGAAAGGAAAAUGGACUGCUGAAGAAGAUGAGUUAUUGGUGAAUUAUAUUCAAGCUAAUGGAGAAGGUUCAUGGAAAUCUCUUCCCAAGAAAGCUGGUCUAUUAAGAUGUGGAAAGAGUUGCAGAUUAAGAUGGACAAACUACCUGAGACCAGACUUGAAGAGAGGCAAAUUUACUGCAGAAGAAGAUGAAACCAUCGUCAAAUUGCAUAGCUCCUUGGGAAAUAGGUGGUCUUUGAUAGCGAACCAUUUACCUGGCCGAACAGAUAAUGAAAUAAAGAAUUACUGGAACACUAACUUACGCCGAAGAAUUUACACCUUCAAAUUGCACAAAAAGCUCAUCAGAACCACUGCAGUAAUGCCUAAAAUGGCAGUUGCUGUUGCCGGCGAUUGUGAAUCCUCGAGAAAACACGGCCGAGUAGGCCGAUCCAAUGGUAAAAGUUGCAAAAACAUUAACUCGACCACCUCUGAGUCCACUGGAAAAGUCAAAUCCUCGUGUUCCGGAGGCGGGGGUACCGGAACUAUGUGGUCGGAAGAUGGUUCAAUUGAAUCCCUUUUGCCGGAAAAUCAUAUUGCUGAUAUAGGAAAAGGACUAGCCAUGCAACGACACGAACAUCAAGCAGAAUCAGAGAUAAGUGAGCCGAGGAACGAGGAAGGUGAAGACAAGAACGAGAGACACAUUAAUGUUACACCUGAAAAUGAUUUUGAUAAUUGGUGUGACAUGAAUUUCGAUCAUUUCUAUGAGGAGGAAUUAUGGGUUGAUCAGUGCAACAGCUUGGACUUGGAGUUUGGAUCCAAUGAAGAGUGUACUUACUGGGAUGACAUGUUACUUUGGUUAUGGAAUGAUAAAUAAGACUUUUACUUUACCUUUUU